CGCACGGUUUUAUCCAAGGCAGUAGUUCGUCAUUGUACGUCACGCAAAGUACAGAGAGGCUUCCCAGAUGCCAGUGCGCUCUGAGCAUUUGCACAAUGUAUGGAAGUCCGCCAUUGCGGUGGGACAACAUCGGUCAGAGAGCUGGCUGAAAUCCGAAAUUUGGGGAGCUUUAGGGCAUCCCAAUGCAGCACACUCCCCAAGAUCUAAAAGAAAAGCUGCUGGAGGCUCUUGAUGAUGAUAACAAUGUUAUCGACAUGGACGGAGUGUUGGCCGUCAUCACGAUAUUGGAAACGUACCCGAUCACAAGAGAUGUGCUGGAGCAAACAAGAAUUGGGAAGUACGUUAAUGAACUCAGGAAGAAAACAAACAAUGAACAAUUAGCCAAGAGAGCAAAGAAGCUAGUGAGAAACUGGCAGAAACUUAUCAACCCUGAAGUAAAUGGAGAUCAUGGAGGGAUUGCACCCAGUCACCCCAGUGUAGCAGCUUUAAGUGGGAAUGGUUCCAAGCCCAGUAGUCCAGCACUAUCUCAAAAGUCAUUAUCUCCAGUGGUCAGUAGUCAGAAUGUUGUGCGUCCUAGUCUUUCAAAACAGUAUCCAGGAUACAAACCGAACACACCCACCCAGACUUUUAACCAAAUUGUGAAUCCAAAUACUCCCAAACUUCCGCAACCUCCAAGGAGUAAACCGAACACUCCUAAUAUGUCCCAGUAUUUGAAAUCGGGACUCUCUCCCAAUCUGAGCACGAGUGAUCUUAAGGGUUAUAGUAAAACCUUCCCUAGCAAAGUUCCAAGGCUAAAUUCUGUGCAUUCUUCCCCCGAACUAUCACCCAAUGUGUUGAAUUCACAAACUGAUCGUUUAAGCAAUAAUGGCAGUCCUUCUGAUGAAGUAGAAUCCCAUGGAAGGCUGUUAAAAAAUUUGUCUCAUGAGAGUCUUUCAAGUUUGAGUGGUAGUGUCAAGGAUAUUCCACAGCACUCACAUUCCAUGAGAGAAAAUGGACGUUCUUUGUCUUCAUAUUCAGGGUCAGCACAUGAUGAUCAAAGUAUAAACUCUAAAACAAAUGUUGCAAAUAAAAAGAAGACACGAAAUGAGAACCAAAAUGCUGUUCGAGCUCCCUCUAAAAGUGAGAAUGUGUCCUACAAGACAGUUGCCAAUGGGUCCGUGGCACCUUCCCCCGUCAUGUUCAGUGACAGAAGUAUGCACAACUCGAGUCGAAUAUCACCGUCCUCAUCCAUUUCCUCUGAUGGAGGUGGGAAACAGCAUACCUUGCCAAGUCGUCGAAAUGCUAAUCUUGUGGUCAGCACCGAUACUCAAAAGUCCUUUGAUAAGGCAUUAAAGACACCAAAAGUGAAAACAACUGCACAAUUAAUUGCAGAUCUGCAAGCUAAAAGUGGAGGAUCUGCGGUUGGAAAUCGUGUGAUUCAUCAAAUUGAAACGAAUCAAAUUCGAAAGGAAAGUGAUGAACCACCUCCUGUUCUACCACCAGGUGCUCGACCCAAACGGAGGCGUAAACACGAAGAUCUGCAGAAUUCAUCCACGCCAAUUCGGCCACCAGUUAAUCUAAGUCAGACAAAACGGGAACUUGUCGAAAAUUAUCUUGAGAGCUCUAUUACACCUAGCAGUGCUGUGGACAUGAGUCCCUUCAAAUAUGAGCUUUCUCAAUCAGAAUCUCUUGGCAAAGAGGAAUCAGGCAUGGACAUUACCGACAGUUCAGAGAUUGAUACAAAUUAUCGACCACUGGAAGUCCAAUCAAAGGAACAUGAUCUCGGUGACAGCAUUAAUACAGACAUUGUGAAAAGAGAGGAGAGUGGGGAAAGUAAAAUGCUUACUCUCGAAGAGAUUUAUGAUCAGUUACGGCCUAUUGACUACAGUAGUGUAGACUUUGACUGUAUGGAAACUGAAGAAGAGAGUGAACCUCCACAAGAAGAAGGCGUAAGUGAUGGGGUUUUGGAGCGUUUGCACAAUUCUGAGUGGGGUGAGGUGAAUGGGUUGUAUGAUAUCAAUGGUGCUUGGAAAGACUGGACACAAACAAUUACAGUGGCAUCUUACAAUGAUGAACCUCUUCAUAUUCUGCCAUAUGUUCUCACGGACGACUAGUGCAGAAGAAAUCCGUGUUUACAAUUAAUUUUCUCCAUUACUUUUAUUUUAUUACGAGUUAGUGCAAAUAGAUCAGAUCAGUGCUUUCAAAAUUUAUGCAGAUCUAUGUAAUAUUUGUUGAUAUUUAAAAGAUCUUUAAUUAUGUGUUUGUAUUUGUUCUUGUAUUUGUAAAACUUUCGAGGGAAGUAAAACAAAUAAAGGAUUUAUAAUUAA